CUAUUCACGAACGGCAGUGCAGCGAAUGCAGGACCAUUCUGGAUUGGUAUUCACAAAAUGUUCGGCGAGUGGAGGGCGCCGUCUACAAAUCAGGAUACAGCUAAAGCGCUGGGAUACGGCCAGCCAUUUGGAUACGGCCCACUCACGUUCAAGAACUGGAGAGGAUCGGAGCCUGAUGGCUGCUGUGGUGCUGAUGUUGCAUGUGCAAUCGUGAAUUACGUUGGCACGUUUCAAUGGGACGAUGCUGGCUGUCUCCAGCACUGGACGGGGAAAACCGGCGUUGUCUGCCAGAGAUACGAGAACCAACCCAUCUGA